UGCUGGUUUGCUGGCGUCUCCACUCCUGCCAGUGUUGGUGGUGUUCAGGGGUCCUUCCCACGGGAGGACUGUGGGCCCCGGCCGCACCGGCGGCCGCUGUCUCGGGGGGACGCCCUACAGCCGCAGGGCUGUUGUUGGCGGCGGCCCGAGGACUCCGGUGGGGAGGAGGGCGAGCGGCGGGGUCGAUGCGAUCGGCCGCGAUGGGGCGGUGCCAUCGACUCUCGGCUGGCGCUGCCUGCGGCAGCGGGCGCGUGACGCACCGCCGGGAGCGGCGGGGCUGGGCCAGGGUACCGCGGCCUCGAGAUCCUCUCAGGGACCUUUCCGGGCCGGGCCGCGACACCGCGGGGUCAGCAGCGCUGCGCAGGAGGGUGGGCACGGCGCGACAGCCGCUGGCCUGACGGACAAACCCCGAGAGAUUUGGCAUAAACAACACCGCAGGAAGAAAAUGACCCACUGGUUCCAUCGCAACCCUCUGAAGGCUACAGCUCCUGUUUCAUUUAAUUAUUAUGGGGUAGCCACCACUCCAGCUGCAACAAAGGUUUGCAAUGACUUGCGGUUGUCUCGAACACGGCUAUUGGAGCUGUUUACAGACUCAAGUUGUAAUCCAGAAAUGAUGAAGAAUGCAGCUGACUUGUACUUCUCACUCCUGCAAGGUUUUAUCCUUUCACUGGAUGACUCUUCCCAAGAGUGCAAGUUGAGAUAUAUUCAGAAUUUCAAGUGGACAGACACGUUACAAGGACAAGUCCCAAGUGCCCAGCAGGAUGUUGUGUUUGAACUGAUUUCCAUGGGAUUUAAUGUAGCUCUAUGGUACACAAAAUAUGCAUCAAGACUCGCUGGAAAAGAAGAUAUAACAGAGGAUGAAGCAAAAGAUGUUCACCGCAGCCUGAAGAUAGCAGCUGGGAUUUUUAAACACCUGAAGGAAAGUCAUAUUCCAAAAUUGAUUACACCUGUGGAAAAGGGAAGAGAUUUAGAAGCUCGACUUAUAGACUCCUACAUCAUACAGUGUCAAGCUGAAGCUCAAGAAGUGACAAUUGCUCGGGCUAUUGAGCUGAAACAUAAUCCAGGCCUAAUAGCUGCUCUUGCUUAUGAAACAGCCAACUUCUACCAAAAAGCUGAUCAAACAUUAUCCAGUUUGGAUCCAACCUAUGCAGGUAAAUGGAGGAAGUACUUAAACUUGAAGAGCUGUUUCUAUAUGGCCUACGCAUACUGUUACCAUGGCCAGACUUUGCUGGCGAGUGAUAAAUGUGGGGAAGCAAUCAGAUCUCUGCAGGAAUCAGAAAAAUUUUUUGCCAAGGCUGAAGCGUUGUGCAAAGAAUAUGGAGAAACGAAAGGGCCUGGGACUACUGCCAAACCUUCUGGACAUCUUUUCUUUAGGAAAUUAGGAAGUUUGAUUAGGAACACAUUAGAAAAAUGCCAGAGAGAGAAUGGAUUUAUCUAUUUCCAGAAGGUGCCAACAGAGGCUCCCCAGCUGGAAUUGAAAGCAAACUAUGGCUUAGUAGAGCCUGUUCCUUUUGAGUUUCCAGCUUUGAAUGCACACUGGACUCCUGAAACAGUUGCAGCAUUUGAUCUCACCAAGAGGCCAAAGGAGGACCCUGCUAAACCAAAACCAGAUGAAGAAGUAAAACCUCUGAAGGAACCAAAUAUAAAGCCUCAAAAAGACAGUGGAUGCCAGAUUUCUUAAAUUCCAUAAGUGCUUUGAAUUCACUUUGAAACUCUAUUCAUAGGACUCUGGGGUUUUUGUUCUGAUCUCCUUUUUUUGAUUCUCCUCUCUUCAUUGACAAGGCUAAUUUAAUUUACCUUUGUUAAUAUGUGUCUAUCUUGCUUAAGAUUGUGGUGGAUUUCUAGGAAGUUAUUUAUAUCUGACUUAUUUUUGUUUUCAGUGGGAUAUCAUAGAAUGAGUGGGCUUAAAUGUUCCUAUUGUGCCUCUAGGGAGUUUCUUUUUGUGGGUUUAGUUUUACCCACAAAUAGCAAAGGAAGUAUCACGAUUGUAAUGCUUGAGGGUUUUUCCAUUACCUUACAUGCUAUAUCAUGUCCAAACUUCCAAACAGAAGUUUGCAUGAACAGUUGUAUUUAUUCAAGUUUUGUCAUUCAGGCUUAGCACUUUGUUGUAUCCGAAUUCACCUAAUUGUAGUGAGGGAAGAAAAUAUGAGUUUGGUUUGUAAUGGUCAUAUGGUAUUUCACAGGACUUGGGAAACCUCAAGUUCUGCAUAACAGGAGCACAAUUUAUGUUGUGAAACUAUUAGUCUCUGUUCUUUCCUCUAUAGAUUAAGGUUUUUAAAUCAGAAUUUGUAGUAAAGUACCUUAGCUUUGUCUGUCCUUUAAUCCAAAUCCUUUAGUAUCAAAGUGUGUCUGAAAGUGAUGCAGCAAGUAAUAUGGAAGUGCUUAAAAGCAAAGCAUCCCUGUGUCAUUCAUUCAGAGUUUCUGAAUCUUCAAAGCUUUAUUAAGUUUGAAGUCUGCAGACAGUUCUAAUCUCCUGGCACUGGAAUUCCUGAAACUGUCAUGCUAAGGUAAUGGAUUUGGAAGUAAGUUGCUGUGUUUCCAUCUGUGUGAUGUCUAUAAGGAGCUGUCAGGAGACCAGGGAGGAAAGACAAGCUGAAGAGCUGAUGGCACAGCUGGGAAGCCAAGCUCUAGAUUUCCUUUAUGCCCUGUGUAAGCAGUGCUGCUUCUCAGGUUUUGCAGUAUUGCACUAAAAUCAGCUCUUUCUGAAGAAAACUUGCGUGAAGCCAAGCCCAGUCCUUUCCCAGCCUCAGCCAGGCUGAGAAAGAAAGGAUUUUCUAGAGCUUGCUUCCAUUUCUGUCUGCUGUGAAAAAUGUGACAGCAUUCUUUAGUGCUGAGCACAGCAAAAUGCCCUUGACAACUAAAACAUCUUUCUGAUUUGUUGCAAAUGCAAAGGCAUAUGAUGCAUGUGUUGAAGUUAGAGCCUUGCAAUCCCUGGGUACCAGUUGCUGCACUUUGCUUAGCCUGAGAAAGAAACUGAGCAGCCUGACAAUGUUCACCCUUCCAGCAAACAUGAUGACAAAUGCACUUACUGUGAUGUAAACUGUAAACACAUUUCUCACUUUGUACUCUUUGUUAACCUUACACUGUGCUGUGAUUCUAAAAUCCUUAUUGGGGCUUGGGGACACUUAGCUUAGAGAGCAAGUGUAUAACUCCUUGAAGGCCUGUGGAACAAAAGCUGCCAAGGAAGUUAAUAGGGAACUCAAGACUCUUCCUGAGAUACUGGACCGAAUUACAAAAUUUGUUGAUGCAAAAGGCAAAGAGACUUUUAAUGCUGGUUAUUAUGGGUUGAUCAAAUGCAGACAUCCUUGCUUCUCAUGAUAGAUUUUUCUUUCUGUCAGUUCUGCACAUAAAACUAAGUGUAAAGUGAGCUGAGUUUCUUUGGAAGAAGUUUCUGUUCUGCAGGAGCCUAGAAGAUAAUGAAUAUCAAGAAGAAUACAUACCUGAAAUGGCUCCAUUUCUUCUGGUGCUGCAUGGGGACCUUGUGUAUGUUUCAUGAAGAGUUACUAAAAUCUGUUCCUAACUUGAUCAGCUGGCUCAUUAGACUUCUUCCAUUGUUAAAAUACCAGCUUAGGUUUUGCCAGAGUAGAGUGUGGAGUUAGUUUUCUUAUAUAGAUUUUAAUUCUAAAACUGUAUUCCAGCUGUAGUCAUCAACAUUUGUUCAGCCUGCCCCCUUUAAGGAUCAUGAUACAGUUAACUCAGUUUCAUAAUCACAAUUUUUUUAGCUACUCAUUUUUUUUCAGAAUUCUUUGUCAGUAUGUACACAUCUCCACUGAAAGUUUUCUUUCUGUGCAGACUAGAUCCUGUUUUCCCUCCUCCCCUCAUUUUCCCUUCCAUCUGCUACAAACUGUGGCACAGACAUACCCUCAUUUGCUAAUGCACUUGUUGGUCCUGGGACUCAUUUCCAAUGCAGCUUUUAUCCAUGGGUGGGUUCCUGUAGAGGAAUAUCUUAAAAUCAAAUUAAUAAAUCAUGACUAAAACAUUCCCAAACAUCUUGGUAGGAAAGAUUAUUUUAUGGACUUGGAAUUCUUUGGACACUUUCUCAAACCAAGCUGUUUGUCUGAAUCAAGUUCACUGUAAAUAGUUUGGGGCAUAACUAAGUGAAUUUUGUCAGGUGAUGACAUUACUUAAGCCUAGCUGUGUAACCUCUUGUGCCAUAGCUGUUUCAGUAAAUAUGAUGUAGUAGUUUAAAAAUAGAAUAAUGGAACAAAUUAAUUCACUGAACAUGUGUUGCUUUUCAAGACAAACCUUGUUUACUUGUAGCUGGAAUCCUGUGGCAAACAUUUGAUGGUUUUGCCAAAAAAUAAGAAGCUGGAGACUGUUCAGUUUGCAAAGUAGAGAGAGCAGUGAGGCAAUGAGCAGCUUUCUCUUCUGGUUUUGUUGGGUAGUAGCAAGAAUUACUGUAAAUAAGAUAUAGAUUAACUGUCCAAUAUGGUUAAGAAUAUGAGUGAAUGAAGUGGGAGUUUCAGUUAAUCUGGAAACCCAGCAGCCACUUUCCUUCUCUUAUAGCUCCCUGUAGUAAUUUUUAGGAGUGAGGUAUUUUGAAUGGUGAUUUUUUAGUAUUCUAAUGCUGCAAGAGCCUGUUUUUGUGGCCUCUCUCUGGUUUUAGAGGCUCUCAUGGCUAAGCCUGCAAAUGUUGUUGGGGUAAAUAAUCUUUGAAAAUCUGUGCCCCAUCUGAAGCAGGAUAGAACUGCUGCUGAAUAAAGCACAGAGUGCUGGGCCCUCUGUUUUGUGCUUUAAGAAAAGCAGUGAUUGUCUUUAAUAUACUGUAAACCAAACCAUCAAGCUUUUUGUAGGAUUUCUAUUUAAAUACCUUUCUCCGUGUAUUUAAUUAUACUUUCUCCAUAUAUUUAAAUACACUUCUUCCAUGUUUUGUGUUUGAGUUUUCAGUAGUUACUCUCCAUCCAGCAUGUGACACACAGCUGAGGGACUAAACCUGGCCCUUGGAUGCUAAUGUCUUCCUCUCACUGGAUUUGGUAGAGGAGUUUUGCCUGUCAGCCUAGGGAUGGUGUUUGGUCCCUUGGAUGUUCAGCAUGGAGCCAUGGUGUGUCUGUAACAAUGGUAGUCGUUUGUACAAUGAGCCAGAAAAUAGAUCCCUGUGUCUGUGUAGAAUAGAGACAACUUUGCACUUUAGAAUUUUCUUUUCUUGCAAAUUUGGUACAAUACAAUAUGCAUGUAAAUACUCCUUCCUGUCAUUUUGUUGCACUGAUUUCAGUACUGUGCUAUGGGUAAGGUUUUAAUGGGAAACAUUACUAAAAUGUAUUUUAAAUUGUUUGUGUGUGCUUCAAACUCAUUAAGCAUAUCUCUGCCUUUAGUAUUGGGGAGCAUGAGAGGAGGCAGUAGUAGCUCAUCUGUCUUCCAUGGGAAUUCUAGGAGGUGAAGACUUUCUGUCUGUUGGCUGCAGGGUGAAACAUUUCAUCCCACCCAUGUAUGGUAUCUAAACUGAUGUUUCAGCAUUAACAUAAAUCCUGUUCAUGCCUGUUAAUUAUCCCUAAAAAGAUUCUGUCUCUAAAGAUCACUCUUAAAUUACCAUAGUAGCAUAAGAUGGUUUUUCUUUUCCUUUUUUUGUGUUUUUUUCCUGUCACUUGCCCAGCUGUGGGAGGAGUAAAGCACAGUGAGUAUGCUGGCAUGGAAAAUCCCCUGGAGUGUGUACCUGUCUCCAAGUUGUGAGUGCAGUGACCCUUGGCUUGUCUCUGACCUUUCCCUGCUGGUGAUGCUCUCAAAUUCAGCAAAGGUCCCAUGGCAACCUAGAGUACCCUUGAUUUGCUUUUUAUGUAGGAAGGCCUCCCUCCUUUGGUGCUGGUGUCUUCAUGGAUUACAAGCUUCCAGAAGCCAUCCUGUAUUCUGAGUAAUCCCAUUUCAACAGAAUCAGCUCUGAGAUCACUGACCAAGCAGCCUUACUUUGUGAAGACAGUCACCAUGCAGUCUUAAGCUUCACAGUUGGAAAAUUUGUAUAUAGCCACGAAUUUCAGAAUGCCAUUUAAAAUAAACAAUCUUCAAAUA